CCAAUUGAUUUUAUCCUGGUGGAAUCCGGGUCUUGACCCGAGCAGCCUGGGCAAAAUGAAAUCGGGGAUGGCUUCGGCCCUCCUGCUCCUUAGAUCAAUCCCAAGGAACUCCUCAAGCUCCUAACCUCCCCAUCUCAAUGCAUCACAUGUUUCUUGAAAAGCAGUCCCACUCUGUGUGAGACUCCGGACGGAGACUAAUGGUAGCCCUAAACACCAAAAGGGCCAAGUUUCGGUUUCAUCCCGACAUGGUGGGACCAUUAUGGCGAUGUCUAGACUUUGACGCGACUGGACGGGGAAAAUCCAGGAGCUGUCACCCUGUUUGAUGCGAUCGAUUUCGAGCUAUCGAGUGGAUCUAAGGACCUCCCAGAUCUGUGGACCAAAAAGAAAGGACACUCCAGGAAAGAUCGCUGAUCCUUUCCAUCGAUGCUCCUGACAGACAGAUCUGCAGAUGAAAUUAUCGUGAGCCUGGUGCGCGCGAUGAAAAGCACGCCUGAACCAUGAGGUUUUUUGUCUCGGUCAACCUGACGCUGCUGCUGGCUGCCUUGCCUUGUGCAUUUGCCCAGGAUUCGGCAUCGUCGGCUGCAAUCGCGCUACUGGCUACACUACCAAAAUGUGCUCGCGACUGCCUUGAGACAGGAAUUACAGACUCAACCUGCGCUCUUACAAACCAGACAUGUGUCUGUACGAAUGCGCCGCUGCAGGCGACCAUUUCUCAGUGUGUGUCAGAGAAGUGCACGGUUAAACAAGCUUUAUUAACAAAAAAUGUCACGGAAACGACUUGUCAAGCUCCAAUCCGAGACGACCAUCAAUUACCCUACGUCUUGACGGUGACGUUUGGAGUGAUAAGUGCAGCGGCGAUUCUUUUACGACUCGGCUUCAAGAUAUUCGUAGUACAAGUUCAGCCUGCUCUAGAUGACUGGUUCAUCCUGAUUACUUUCUUGUCGGGUGUGCCCAGCACGGUCAUACAAACCGAGGCGGUGGUACCGAACGGACUUGGAAAGGACAUCUGGACCCUUACCUCGACCCAGAUCACCAACUUUGGCAUGUUCUUCUACAUCAUGGCGGUACUCUACUUCCUACAAGUUACACUGCUCAAAAUGUCCUUGCUCUUUUUUUAUCUCAGGAUCUUCCCUGGAAAACAGGUGAAACGAGUUCUUUGGGGAACGGUAAUAUUCAACGCAGUUUUCGGUCUAUUUUUUGUCGUCCUUACCAUAUUCCAAUGCCAGCCUGUCAGUUUCUAUUGGACAAAAUGGGACGGCGAGCAUGAGGGAAAGUGCCUUAGCAUUAACAAUAUCGCUUGGGCAAAUGCAGCCGUCAGCAUUGCGCUGGAUUUCUGGAUGCUUGCAAUCCCACUGUCCCAGCUGAGAAGCCUCCACAUGCAUUGGAAGAAGAAGAUUGGGGUUGCGCUCAUGUUCAUCGUGGGAGCGUUUGUCACAGUGGUCAGCAUUCUACGUCUGCAAUCCCUUGUGGAAUUCGGAGAUACCCAAAAUCCCUCGUGGGAUUACAAAGGUGUUUCAAUAUGGUCGGUGGUCGAGAUCAACGUCGGCAUCAUCUGCACCUGUAUGCCUUCUCUACGACUCCUCCUGGUUCGCAUCUUUCCCGCCCUCGGAGGCACCACAAACGCGAGGAACCAGUAUUACCAGUCGGGCAGUUUUGGCAAUAUCAAGUCCAUGGGUCGAAGUCGAGCAGGAACUGGAGGGAAAAUGCCGUCAGUUGUACAUGAUCCGGAACAGUCAAAGAAGGCAAUCAUCUAUCAGCAGAGGACAUACACAGUUCAAUAUGGUGAGGAGGACGAACAGCGCUUAUUUCAGAUGCAGGACCUGAAAUCCAAGAGUGCUAAGCCGAGUGCGAGCGAAACAUCCAUAUAGGUUGGCACUGAGGCCGGCGUUGAGUAUAAUAAGUACAUAGCCCCAAGACAUACUUUCUUUUAUUCAAAUACGUUCCA